GCAAUAGGCUCCCAGCCUGACCCUGUCAGGUAAACAGCCGACCUGACCCGUGGACCCCUCUGCCAAUCAGUCCGCAGGAGCCCUGCCCCUGCCCCCUAAGGGCAGCCCACUCCCAUCGCGCACAAGCGUGAACUGCAGCCGGGAGGAGAAGAGGAGCUGCUCCAGGGCACAGCCAGCACGUGACAGAGAGGGCUGCAACCUAGACCUCCAGAUACUCCUGGGAGGCCCCAAGCUCAAGCUCCCCCCACCUUCAAUGUCCAGCAGCUCAGAGAGGGCCCAGAAAAGCAGCAAAACCAGACAAGUGAGGCCGUGGCUGACAUGAGGACGAGCUGCAGUGACAAACAGCCGCCCACCUCCCCCUGCCCUGCCCUGGCUCCCGUGAGCAGAGACCACGGCCCUGAAAGGACACAGCUGAGAAGGUGAUGAGCGUUCUGCUGGGAUCCUCCCCGGAGGCCUCCAGAUAGAUGCCCUGGAGAGGAGGACCCAGCGCCAGGCCCUCGCCUUCCCCCACCUUCUCCCCCAGAGUCCCGGCUCUGAAUUCUGUCCUAGCCAGAACUCAAGUCCCCGGGUUGCUGAACCGAGGUCCCGUGUCACUCCAGCGGUGUGACCCUGGCACUGCUUCGCUACCUGCAGAUUCGCUGAGACAGCGCACAGACCUGGGCCUUGAGGGGACCCUCCUCACUGACAUCCUCUACAGGAAUGUGGCCUUCCUCAACCUGGUGGACCCCAUCUCCCAUGACCUGCUUGUGAACUUGGCCCGGGACCUGCAGUGCCCCAAGACGGACCACGAGCUCUGGAAGUCCUCGGACAAAAUUUGCCGGCAGCUCAUCUACCACCUCACCCCUCACUCCAAGUGGCAGAGAGAGUCCAGCCUGCCCCAGAAGAAGACCCAGAGCUGCCUCAAGAGCAGCCUCCAGAAGACUCUGCCAGCAGGGGAGACCGUGAACCUUUCAGGGAUCCCGCUGUCCAUGCGAGAUGUGGAGCACAUAAAACGCUACCUGGGCGGCCAGGGCGCUGGGCUCACUGUGCUGGACCUGAGCUUCACGGGACUGAGCGACCAGCUACUGCACCUGCUGCUGCCCAGCCUCUGGGCGCUGCCCCGCCUCUCCCAGCUCCUGCUCAACGGCAACCGGCUGACACGGGCCGCGGCCCGCGAGCUCACCGAGGCCGUCAAGGACAGCACCAAGUUCCCUGCGCUGGCCUGGGUGGACCUGGGCAACAACGAGGACGUGGCCUCCCUGCCCCAGCCCCUGCUGGUCGGCCUGCGCCGGCGGCUGAGCCAGCGCACCUCACUCCCCACCAUCCACGAGGGCUUGGACCUGGAGUCUGAGGGCAGUGCAGCCGGGGCCACCACUGCGGCCUCCACCUGGGGCUCUGCAGCUGCUGGGCCAGGGUCUGAGUUUCAGGCCUGCUGCACCAGGUGACUGGUGCAGCUCUGCCCUGGCUCCUGCUACCUGAUUGACAGUACUCCCAAACACAUGGGGUGGGGGCAAUGGGGACCCUGGAGGCCCCCCAGGCCCCCAGAGAUCCAAUGCUCAGCCUGGGAUUAAGGGGAUGGACGGAGAAUGGGCUCAUCAGAGGCUGGAGGGUCUGCUCAGUCGGGGGUCUCAGCCUUUCCUCGGCAGGCAGGGUCCAGCGCCGGCUGCACAGACCUCACAAUAAAGGGCGCUGCUCCCGCUG